GCUCCGCCGAGAGGAGCCGGGAGCGGCGGCACGCUGAGCCGCGGUGUCCCGGAGCGGCCAUGGAGCUCGUGCCUCUGCUGGCCUGGGCGCUGCUUCCAGGCUGCGGAGCAGUGAUGGGACCCGGCGAAGUGUGGGGACCCCUGGGGGGUUCCCUGUCGGUCACCUGCAGGUACAAGCCCGGCCAAGAGAAGUUGCCGAAAUACUGGUGCAGACCAAGCACACUUAUUAAUUACUGUAUUGUUAACAAAAUCAUUACCUCGGAGUCGGAUCCCGAGGUGCUGCGGGGCCGGCUCUCCAUCCGAGACAACCGCACAGACCAGGCAUUCACAGUGACCGUGGAUGGUCUGUCCAAGGAAGAUGAGGGCACCUUCUUCUGUGGGGUGAAAACGGGACUAUUUCAGUAUGAUGACAGAGCUGCUGUAAAGGUGAUCGUGUACUCAGCUUCUUCCACCCUCUCAUCAAUGACCUGCACCACCACCAUGUCCUCUGAUCUUGCUGUCUCUGUAACAGGCCGCACACAGACAAUUUCCCAGGGGGAAAUUGUGCAACCAACAACAAACCUCUCCACCCCUCAAGUUUUGAACGUGGUUGAGCACAUCCUCACUCCGGCUGUCGUUGUGGUUCUUUUUUUGCUUGUAGUGGCUGCUGGUGUUCUGGUAGUACUCACCAGGAAGAAGAAGUCCCUUCCUGGCACAGACAUAGAGAUGGACAGGACUCACAGCAUGUCACCUACAGACACAGAAGCCUUGAACUACGCGGACAUUAACCACGACAUGGGCGUGGCUGGGAGCCAGUACAGCAAUGCCGAGGCUGUCCGCUCCCUGGAAAUGACCCCGAUGGAGCACGUAGAGGCCAGGCAGAGUGCUCAGCCUUUGGAAGAGGAAGGAAAGGCAUUAUAUGCCAAAGUGCAGAAGCCCAUGCCACAGCAGGAGCAGAUCUACGCCAACGUGCCAUCAGCUUCACGGCCCAGUGAAGAGCUCUUCAGCACAGUGUUGGGGAGAUGAACAAGCACCUGGUCCCAGGGGCUGCUUCUGCUGCUGGCAGCACCAGUGAGACUUGCACAGAGGACAUGGGAUUGAUGUUCUGCUCAGGCAGGAGCCAGCUCGA